CUUAUGAGAUGAUCAUAAUAAUAGAUAAAUGUUUCUAUAUAAACGACUUCACGUAAGUGUUAAGACAAACACUCUCACCAGCGGUCAACGUAGCAAAGAUGAAGUCCAUGACAACUGCUUUCUUCAUGCUGGCCUUCGUCCAGACGGCUUUAUCGAGAGAAAUAAGUCGGAGUGAUGCUAUUUUUAUCGAGAUCGAAGCAGACGGUUCGAAUUCAUCUGAGUCGAUUGAGGUUGAGCCAACUCUCGGUCUGCGCUUCCCCGGGGAUUGUAAUUCCGCAAGACUGAGAAAUACUGCCACAAAUUGUGGAUUGAAUGUUUCACCCGGGGGGAAUCACUAUGACGUCCGCGACCCGCAAGACCACAACCGAGUAAUCACCCAGAUUCCCCACACUGUCAAGACAAAUGGAACAUGCAGGGCUAUCAUACGAAUUCUAAAUGCCCGCUGCGGUUUGUGGUACUAAGUUUCAAAGGCAAAUGCUGAAAAGAAAAUCUCGGUCAAUCGACAUAAUUAUAAAGUUAAAAAACUCGAGGAUUUGUUUUUAGGAAGUGAUGUAUGCACGUUGAUCAAUGCAUUACUUACAAAACACAGUUAUUUUUUUAAAUGUGUAUUGAAUGCUGUUAGUUAUCUUCUUACUGUAUUUCUUUUUCGUAUAUUUAACCAUUAAAUGUUCAAGAACUGUUAUUUUCUGUA